CAGACUUCAAGUUAAAAGGCUUGUUUUCUGAAGAACUCUAGAAUGGUUAAAGCUUUGAUAUUGUUGUGAGUGUGACUAGUUAAUGGAUCUUCAAAAGGAGGAAGGUUGCAGACCACGUCAAAAAUUCUUGGGAAGAUUUGCAAUUUCUGUCCACUCAAGUGAUGUUCAUAAGGGAGACCGUUCACCUCCUUUGCAGCCUGUACUUGAUGAGACUGAACAGGUUGGUCAUGAUAAUGAAUAUGCUUUUGGAGAUUCUUUCUGCAACCUUGACAUCUUGGAUAAUGUUAGAGAAACUGAGGCUCAGUAUGCUGAUACAGACUCUGCAACAACAUCACACAAAGAGGUACCUUCUCUUCAGACAAAGUCAAAUCUGCUUCAUAAUGUCAAGACACCUUCCAGGACAGCAGCCAAAGAGAGUUCUUGUAGCAAUCCUACUGAGUUUUUCCGGGGAACCAAAUUCCAAGAUCUCAGGCGAUCACCAAGAUUAAAGAGCUCUUAUUCCAGUAAUGUUAAAAAACUAAAUUCUAGGGCAGUAUCAAAAGAAUUUGCUGAAAGUAAGAAUGAUGAAGAGCAAAGUAAGAACAAAAAAGGGCUGACAGUAAAUAUUGUACCCACAUCAAUUGGGAUGAUUACUCUUGAAGAUGCCAUGGGUUUGAAUGAUAGUGACUUUCCUGAUGAAAUUACUUCUCCUGGAGAUGAAAUAUCUAAAGAAGUAGGGCUGGGACAUUCUCUCCUACACGACUCACGAAUAAAUAAUUGCAAUAUUGAAUCUAAACCAAAUUUUAGUUUUUUCAAUGAGAAUGUCAGGAGGUCACAAAGGCUUCAAGCUAAAAAUAUCACAAAUAACACAAAUAUGAUGUGUGUGUCAAAGAGAAGUAAUUUUUGUAAGGUUGGUGGCUCAAAUCACAGUAAAAAUAAAGGUAGAAACAAAUGUGUAAAUGCAGAUCUUGCAUCAAAUUUAGAUUUUAAUUGUGCAAAAGAAACUCUGGAUGCUGAAGUACUGAAGGAAAUUCACAUAAAUUCUUUAUUAAAGAUUUCUUCGUGUGUAGAAGAUGCCCCUCGAUCAAAAUUAAAUUAUAAGGAAAUAAAUAUAGAUUUCAGUGAAGAAAAUUUUAAGAAUGAACAGUGUGUACAAAAUUCGUCAGGUCCUAUGAGAAACUUGGAAGUAACCAAAAGCAUGUCUGGUGCCAAAAGCUCUUUUAUAACUGCCACAAAAGUACUGAAAGAACAGGGUGAGCAUUUAGAGUAUGCUAGGCUAGCAAAAGACAAAGAUGUGAAGUCAGUCCACAAUAGAGUAAUGCAAGGCUCUCAUCUUGAACUGGAGGGGAGAAAUAAGGAAAACACAGCACCGUGUGAAUCUUUGGAUGGCUGUUCAAUAAAUCGUUGUUCAGAAAAAGAAAAUAAGAUAGAGAAAACAUUAAUAAACUGUAAUAAGGUUCAUUCUAAAGGAAAACACCCAGAUUUAUCAGAUGAUGAUAAUAUUUCAGUUGGCAAGGAGAAAAAACAUUCUAGUGAUCUACAACUAGAAAUGGAUGCAAUUCCAGAUAUGAAGAGUUUACCAUACUGUGUUAAACCCAGUAUGGCUUUUGGAUUUAAUGCACCUGUUACAAGGCACUGUACAGCACCUGUUAAGUUUUUUAAUCCUGAAAAAUGUUUAUCACCUGUUAUUUCUGUUUCACAUUUGGAAGAUCAAGUACAUGUUGAUGUUAGUGAUUCUAAACAAACUCAAGUACAAUUUAGCUCUGUAAUUAUGGGCAUUCAGACACCUGUUGGUUCUCUCUCAUCAAAAAACAAUAAUAUAUUCUAUGAAAAGGACACUGUGUGCAAUGAGGCUCAUCCAACUGUUAAAUCUGAUUCCUCUAGUCAUGGUUCAUGUGAGAAUACAACAUUAAAUGCUGAAACACCUGUUAAUUCUUCUGCAGCUGUAAAAUAUAAAACACCUGUUCAUCAGCUAGGUACAGCAUCUCCCAAGAUGCACAAGGCCGCUUCCAUUUUAAGGUCUCCAUUCAGUGAAAAUAAUGAGAGUCAUAUUUUUCUUUCAACUCAAGAAAAGAUGGAAUUGUCAUCAUGGGGAUUGCCAGAGGCUGUAUUGGAGUGUUAUGUGAAGAAUGGAAUCAAGACAAUGUUUCCCUGGCAAGCAGAGUGUUUGAGCAUGCCAAAGGUCCUUGAUGGAAGAAAUCUUGUUUAUUCUGCACCUACAUCAGCCGGCAAGACUCUUGUUGCUGAGUUGUUGCUGCUAAAGAGAGUGGCGGAAAGUGGACGCAAAGGAGUUUUCAUCCUUCCUUUCGUAUCAGUGGCACGGGAGAAGAUGUACUACCUUCAGAAAAUGUUUGGUAUUGCUGGUAUACGUGUCGAGGGUUUUAUGGGGUCUCACAAUCCCCCUGGAGGCCUGAAAGCUACAGAUAUUGCAGUUUGUACUAUUGAAAAAGCUAAUAAUCUUGUGAACAGAUUAAUGGAGGAUAAGCGUCUGAAUGAGCUCAGCAUAAUUGUAGUGGACGAGUUACACAUGCUGGGUGACUCUCACCGAGGAUACCUUCUGGAACUACUCCUCACUAAGGUCAUGUUUGUGUCCACUCACUGCAGUCUCACCAAGAAGGAUGAAAAUGGUAUACAGAUUAUUGGAAUGUCUGCCACUCUGCCUAACUUGAAAUUGCUGGCUGGUUGGCUAGACUCUGCCUUGUAUAACACAGACUUCAGACCUGUACCACUCACAGAGAGAGUCAAGAUUGGCAGAGCAUUAUAUGACCCCACCAUGAAUAAAGUGAGGGAGCUAGAUCCUUUACUGACUGUUAAGGAUGACAGUGACCAUCUGAUCCAGCUGUGUCUUGAGACAGUACUGGAGGGUUUCUCUGUUCUUGUUUUCUGUCCAACUAAAGCUUGGUGUGAAAAAAUGGCAGAAUGUGUUGCUAAGGAAUUUUUCAGAAUUGGAAAGGCAGACAGUCAAUAUCCACCUGAGCUAGGCAGAAAGCUGAGAGAUUCCUUAGACUCAGAGGGCAUAAGGAGGGUAAUAAAUGCUCUCCAUAAAUGCCCUGUUGGACUGGAUGAUGUCUUAUCUCGGUCUAUUUCUUUUGGAGCAGCUUUCCAUCAUGCAGGUCUAACCUUUGACGAACGUGACAUCAUCGAGGGAGGUUUUCGUACGGGAUCAAUACGAGUUCUCAUUGCCACUUCAACUCUAUCGUCUGGAGUCAACUUGCCUGCUCGCAGAGUUAUUAUCAGGUCUCCUGUCUUUGGUGGGACCAUUCUUGAUACACUUACCUACAAGCAAAUGAUUGGCAGAGCUGGCCGUAAAGGUGUUGAUACAGAGGGUGAAAGCAUCUUAAUUUGCCGAGAAGGAGAAAGAAGCAAAGCCCAAGUACUCAUGAGUUCGACACUUCCGCCCAUCACUUCUUGCCUCCAGCACGAUGCCUCUCUCACAUCUAGCAUGAAGAGAGCUAUAUUAGAGGUGAUUGUAAGUGGUGUAGCAACCACUCCAGAUGAGGUUGACAGCUACUGCAGUUGUACACUCCUGGCUGCAUCACUUCGAGCUGGUGAUGAAGACUCAAAACCAAAUUCACAGAACUCCGUUGUCAGCUGUAUUGCCUUUUUAGAAGAGAACGAAUUUAUUAGACUGCAAGAAGUUGAGGGCACUGUAAGAUACAUUGGUACACAACUGGGGUGUGCUGUGCUUGCCUCAGGUCUCUCCCCAGAUGAAGGUCUUCAUGUCUUCAGUGAACUAUACAGGGCUAGGCAGUGUUUUGUAUUGGAAAAUGAACUUCACAUUAUCUAUCAGGUGCGACAGCAUGUUAAGAAUUUAGCUGUACAUCAGAGAUUUUAUACAGCUCUUGCUCUUCAUGAUUUAGUCCACGAGGUACCACUGAACACUGUGGCCAGGAAGUAUGGUGCCACACGAGGAAUACUUCAGUCUCUCCAGCAAACGGCUGCCACAUUUGCUGGAAUGGUUACUGUGUUUUGCAAUCGCCUUGGAUGGCAUAAUCUUGAGUUACUUGUUACUCAGUUUCAAGAUCGUCUGCACUUUGGAAUUCAGCGAGAAUUGUGUGACUUAGUCCGGUUGUCACAUGUUAAUGGCCAGCGUGCUCGAGAGUUGUAUAAUGCAGGACUGGAGACUGUCACUCUGGUGGCUCAUGCUAAUCCUCUUGAUGUAGAGAAUAUAUUACAUUCCGCUUCACCAUUUCACAGCAACAAGAUGAGAGAUAACGGGAGUCGUCCAGAGGGCACCAUCUGGUUAUCAUCUAGUCGUCCCCUAACUGAGGCUCAGGUUGCUGCUCUCAUUGUCACUGAAGCUCGCCAGUUAGUACAGAAAGAGCUUGGUAUAGCUUCAAUAGACUGGACACACAAAUCUAAAGGAGUCACUACACCAGCAAAAGAGUCACCCACACUUUCUUGUGCUUCAUAUUCAGCAAAUCGUAGAGUCAUCAUUGGGAAGCGAAGGAACUCAUCCUCUCCGAAUUUCAUACUGCAGUCUUCAGCAACAAGAGUAGGAGAUAGUGUCUCUUCAGUAGAUGUAAAAAGUGGAACCAAGGGAGUUAUAGCACCUGUAGGUACAGUAAAAGCAGGUAAACGAUUAUCACCAUUAGCACUGAUUCUGAGGAGGAAGUCGAAGUCACCCAGAAUCACUAAUGACUCAGAAAAAAUGUUACUUGAAAACUGUAUGCAAGACCAGAUAAAUUCAGAAACCUCUGUGCCAGUGCAGCUACCUGAAGAACAAGAAGAUAAUAAUGUAAAGUAUACUGCAAGUAUUGAACAUUCUCACUCUCAUAUGGAAGUUCCAGAAAAUAAAGGGAACAAACAUAAUGUGAUUGGACUGGCAACUGAAAUAAUUAUAAGAACUUCUGAAAAUGAUAGGAAAGAUAUAGAAAAUGUAAAUAUUGACAGUGAUUUAGCUAACGGGAACCAGCCAAGAAAUGAGGAUAGUAAUAACAAGAGCCAUGAUAUAGAUUACUAUACAGAAAAGAAAGAUAGGAAAAACACUCAAGAUAUGAUCAAAAAUGAAACAAAUAUUGUAGAUAAAGAUGCUGGUAAAAAUAACAAUGCACAAAAUAUGGAAAUCAUACAGAAUGUAAAUAUAAUAGAACACACAGAAAUUAUUUCUGGCAAUAAACUACCCAACUUAUGUUCAGGAAAUAAUAACAGCAAUAAUUCUGAAAAUAACUCCUCUAUUGCUGGCUUAUUAUUUGGAAGACAUAAAACCAAAAAAAAAAAUAUGGAAAUGGUUAAUUUAAGCAAAGGUACCAAAUCUUUUGUUAUUCCUGAAUCACAGGAAGAUAAAUCAGACAAUAUAUUUUCACCCAAAAGACAUAAAAAUGUGAAAAGCAAUUUUGGUACCCUGAAAUCGACCAAUGCUGCAGGUAAAUUUAACAAUGAAUUCAGCGGGAUCAACAAUCCAGAGCUUAGGAAUACUUCUUAUCAGCCUUGUGAAGAGAUUAUUCCAGAAAUGAAGGACACAAGAGCAUAUGAUAACAUCAGUGGUAUAGAUGAGGAUUGCAGUAAGGGUAUGAACACAAGCACUCCCAUAGGUAAAGGAUGCAAGAGGAGUAAUACUCUUUCUGCUAAAACUUGCAUUACUAACUCUGGUACCCUUAUGACUUCAGCAGUACUACAAGGUAUGAUGGCAGGAGACAUGACACAAGAAUCUGAACCUAAUUGGAAUGUUGAGGAUUUGCAAAACAUCAGUAUAUCUUGUGAGGAAGAAGUUAGUAAGGUGCAUGAGAGCAUCAAAAGGAAAGAAAACAGUGAUUUAUUUGAUGAAAGCAGUGAUAGAGAUCUAACUGUUAAACAGUCUACACAUUCAUCUCCUAUAUUUGUAAAUGCCACUGAAAUGCAUCUUAAAAAUGACAUACCAAAGCCCAGUGAUUUUUCAAAAAAUAAUUUGUAUCUUACAGCAAAAGUAAACCACAAUAUACAAAGUUUUGAUCUUUCUAAAUCACUGAAAGAUGGUCUUUUAAAGACAAUGGAUUCAUGUGAUUUUUGUUCAGGAUCUGAGAAUGUGUCUUUUCAAGAUGUUCAAAGCAAAGAAUCUAAAAGAAAUUAUGAGGCACAAACUAUGGGCACAUUUGAAGUACAAAAAAGCAGUGAAGAGGACAGACAGGAACAUAUUAAAAGAUUUGGUGUUCAUAGUGGUAAUUUUGAUCAGCAACAUCUGAAUUACACAUUAAUUCCUGAUCACACAGCAAAUUUAAAAAGAAAAUUGACAGAAUAUCCUAAAGUUUUAACAGAAAACAAUAAAAAGAGAUCCCCACAUAGCAAUAUAUUCUCUCAGGGUUUUAUUUCAGAUAAAUUAAUAAAUUAUAAUAUUUUGAAAGUGCCAGCUGAGGCUGAGAAUGAGAGAUUAUGUGAGGAGAGUGUCAUUUAUCAAGCUUAUUCAGAAGAUUUUGAUUUUUCAUGUUUUAACCAAGACAAAAUACUGGACAAUGAAAUAGAUAGUUGUAGAAGAGUACAAGAGAUUAUCAGUUUAGAUGGCUCAUACUUGCAGUCAGUUUCACAACAAAAGAACUUGUUAAGAAAUGCAUCUCAUGAAACUUGUGAAGAUAGAUCACAGGUGAACAAUGACAGCAGCCCUUCAGUGUAUGACAAGGAAGGAUCCACAAGUCAGAAUCAAUCUGUUGAAGAACUGAAUCAAAAUAUUUGUGAGGAUUUGGAGUUAAAUGAGAAUACAAACAUAAACAACGAAACUAUAUUUGAAUCCUUUCCUGAUCAAGCCUUUGAGACUCACCUUCAUUGGUUGUCAUCGAAUGAGGAUUUGGUUGAUGGUCAAAAUGAAGCUGCUGAGCAGGGGAAGAGAGAGAGCACUAGUGAUCAACUUAAAGAAAACUCGAGUAAUUGUGAUAAAUCGGAGUACAAAAACAGUGAAAAUUCUCUCACUGAUUUCCAAGAUAAUAACAGUACUGGUGAGGAUAACACUAAUGUAAAAGGCUUGGGUACCACUUUCACUCAGUUAGAUAUUACACCUGGCACAGAAGCUUUAUUAGAUGGACAACCAAAUGAAAAUCUUGACACUACUUUGAAAAAUGACUCUCAGCCUCAUAGUGAUAACCAAGUGAGUCCUGUUCAACCUAUUGAGAGCAGACUCUCUAGCGAUAUGUUUUCAUCACCUGUGUCACCUCUUGCAAUACAGUGUUGUAAAAAAACGAAUGAUGUGAAGAGCGCAGUGACAACAGAUAGAGUAAAUAAUGUAUCACUGAAAAACAAAUUAAAUUGUCAAGGAGCCAUAACAGUGGGUGAAAGUUUGCAUUCUGAAAAUAAAUAUGAAAAAAUUGAUCCACAAAUGAAUUCUAUUGUUGAAGAUGCAAGUACCUCGAACAACAUUUCUCCAAUGACCAAUUCAUUUUGCAUCAUCGAUGUUGUGAAUGACUCUGUAUUAUUUGAAAGUUUUCUAAGAGAAUGGAGUGAACAAAGGCUAUAUGCAAUUGGUUUAGCAUGUGAAAAUACUCCAGCCCAGCAGAGUAAAGGAGGCAUUGGAUGGCGAAUAGCCGCUCAUGGUCGCACCCCAAGACGAGGUCAUCGUCAUCAAGAAGUUGCAGGUGUGGUAGUUGAAAACUCUAAGUUGCUGAUCGUGGGCAUAGCAGUUUGUUGGGAAGGACGUGAUGCUUAUUACAUUAACUUGCGCACUCUCCAGGAAGAAAACUUCAGUAGCAGUCUUCCAACACCUCCCUUAAGAGAGGCUGUUCCAUUUGAACACAGAGUGGCUAGCAUAAAAAACUUCAUCUUAAAAGGUUCAGACAAGAAUCCAGUUAUGCGUGUGUGGGACGCCAAGAAUUGUGUGCGACUGCUGGCGGCUGCAGGUCUGGGGUUUGUAACCUGUCCAGUUGAGGAUCCUCGAGUGGCUUCCUGGAUGCUAGACCCUGGAGGAAAGGAAUUUAAUAUAUGCAAUCUUGUAAUGAAGCACAGUCUUGAAAAUCUUCCACUCUUGGAGGGAGUUGGUAGUUCACUGGGUUUGUCAAGUCUUGGAGUCAACACCAAUAAUCCCGGAUCAUGUCGUGUUCGAGCAGCGACAGAAAGUGUUGCUGUCUAUCACCUUAUGACAGCGCUCAAAGUGCAGUUAGAAAACCUUGGCAUGUUACGAGCUUUUAAAGAUGUGGAGAUGCCAAGUGUGGUGACACUAGCAUGCAUGGAGCUUAGUGGGAUGGGGUUCAGCAAUCGGGAAUGUGAGGCCCAGAAAGCAGUAAUGCAGGCACAAAUGUCUUCACUGGAGAAAAAAGCAUAUUGUGUUGUAGGUCAUCCAUUUUCCCUUGCAUCCAGUAAUGAGAUCAGCAAUGUGUUGUAUGGGGAACUUCACCUACCAUCUCCUACUGGACCCUUAACUCCUACAAGAGGAAGGAAAGGUCGAGGUGGAAUAGGAAGUCGAGGAAAACGACUUAGUGGACCAACCAAUAAAGAGGCACUGGAGAAACUCUCAAAAAUACACCCUCUUCCUGCAGUUAUUACUCAGUGGCGUAAAAUAAAUUCCUCCCUCAACAAGGUUGUAUUUCCCCUUCAAGAAGCACGUGUUCACUGUUCCCGCUUGUCUAUGGAUCGCAUUCAUCCACUCACCCACACCUUCACUGCUACAGGCAGAGUUACUAUGCAUGAGCCUAACCUGCAAAAUAUUCCAAAGGAUUUUAAUAUUCAGGUGACAUCAGACAAGGCUAGAAGUGGCAUCAGCACAUCAGUGCAGCACCGUACUCUUAUAAAUUCUGCCAUCAUGACUCAGUUGGCUCCUCUUUUGGUUUGUAAAAAGCUUUAUUUUUUGUAUGAUAUAUUUAUAGCUGUAGUUGUAAAAGAAGUGAAUGUAAGGGUGUCCAGAAAAGAUGUGGGCUUAAAAGAUAAUGAAUCACAAUCCACUGUCAUUCCUGUAGGACUCCUCUAUAUAUUUUCACCUAUUUGUUAUGGUUUGAUUUACGGCAUGGGAACACAAGCACUGAGUGAGCAGUUGGGUGUUGGUGAGGAUGAAGCUCUGUCAUUUAUGGAAAACUUCAAGGGAAGCUUUCCAGGAGUUAAGCAGUUCAUACAAAAUACCAUAGAGAAGUCUUGCAAAGAAGGUUAUGUUCUUACCCUGAUGGGCCGGCGCAGAUACCUUCCAAACAUCACCAGCAAAGAUUUGUGUGCUCGAGCCCAAAGUGAACGCCAAGCAGUUAACACAGCAAUACAGGGAUCUGCAGCAGACAUAGUCAAAUUAGCUAUGGUGAGGAUAAACACAGCCAUUCGACAAGCAUUCCCAACAGCACCUGCUUUCCUCACACAGCCAACUAAAAGCAGGGAGGAUAUAAGUGGAGGUUUUUUAGUACUGCAGCUUCAUGAUGAACUUAUGUAUGAGGUAGUGAGUGAAGAUGUGAUCCAGGUAGCACAGCUGGUUCAGAGUCACAUGGAAGGUGUCCAGCAGUUAGCUGUCUCUCUGCCAGUGAACAUCAAAGUUGGGCCAUCUUGGGGAGCCAUGCAGACACUUAAUCUCUGAAGGCACCUGCUGUAAUUGUCAAAAGGAUACUGUAAAUACAUUUAAAGACAGUUGCAAUUAAUAUAUGGAGGGUUAAAGGAAAUUGAAUAUAAAGUAUAUCAUUCUGCUUACAGACAAAAUGGUUAGAAUUUUUGUUAUGCACUAUAUACAUUUUAUUAACUAUAUACUGUAUAUGUGUAAAGGCAUCAUUGUAUUAUAUCAGUUACUCUAACUUACUAAAAACAUUAUUUUAGCAUAUUUAUAUUUUUAUUAUGUUUCAUAUUUUUGGUGUAGAGUUUGGGUGCAAGAAUUUUAAGUUAAUUUUGUAGGUGAGGAUAAUGUUGGAGUAGUUGGUGCCUUUGUUCUGUGCAAGUGAAAAAACAAAAGUGCUCAGUAAUUGAUAGAGAUCAUUUAUACAAAAAAGAGAGACAGGUGGGAGUAAGAAUCAUAGGUGAAAUAUGGCUAGUAAGUAUACCAGAUAGACUGUGUGGCAGAAGUGUAUGGUAAUUGGAAAGGCAGAAAGUAUGAGUACAGAUAAACAGAGUGAGCAUAAAAUAAAAGGAAGGGAUGUGUGCUUAAAAUGUUCAUUUUGAAGAAUUAAAGUGAGCAAUACUUAGAAAAGAGGAAAAACUUGCAUUCAUGUAUUUGAAAUGGGUAAAUGAUAUGGUGGAUUGAGAAGCAUUAUGGCAAGUGUUGCAGAUGUUGAAGAUAUGUUUGAACUUGUUUAAAACUCUAGAAUUUUGUUGAGGAAAAUGCAUUACAUGUUUGAGUGUUUAGAAAAAUAAGAGAAUGGUUUCCAGCAAAGGCUGUGCUUAAACAAGGUGUGGUCUUUAAAAAUAACAAUAUUAUUUGAAUUGGAUGCUGCCACAAUUAUAAUUGUUGAUGAAGAGUGUUAUUGGGAAAUUGAAAAGAAAAGCUGCAGAAAUUGGUAAGAAGAGAUUGGAAUGGUACAUUAACUAUGGAGUUAAGGUUAAUGAAAAAAAUAUAUAAAAAUUAGGAGAAAUAAUGAAAGAAAAAUUUGAGGUCAGAAUAGCAGGGGUGAGUGUAUCAGCAGAUGGGGUAUGAAGAAUGAGGGAACAUGCAGGAUAGAAGAAGGCAAAAAGUUGCAGAAGUGUUGAAGAAUUUGUGGAGAGAAUAGAAGUGUAUUAGUGGAUACAAUAUUAAAAAUGUACUGUAUCAGAGUACAGUGAUACUGAUACUUUUUUGACAGUCUUUGAAUGUUGCAGCAUUUGGAAAUUUUAUGCAGAGGAAAUGUUAUGUCUAAGAGAUGUGUGUGGUGUGACUGUGUUGGAAAUAUUUAUAAAAUCACCAUAGGUGUGGUGAUAUGAAAGGUGUAAUUAAGAAAGCUAAAGAGAGAAUUCUGAGAUGACUUUGUAGUAUAAAAUAAUGAAUCAAGAUAGGUCAAUAAGAGGAUAGGUAAACCUAGGGAAAGAUGGAGUAGAGGGCAUCCUAGGAAGAGAUGGAAGGAAAGUGUGAAUCAGGUGACUCAUAAAAUUGUAAUAAAAAGUUUGGAAACAAAUCACAGAAUGGGUAGUUUGUGAUUUGUAAAUGAGGCAUUGUGAGAUAAGGCAUGAACAUCCAGCAGACACAUGUUAGUGUAUUAGAUCAUAGUAGUGGCAAGUGAUAUACAAGGAAUUUGAUGAGCUUUUAAGAGUGUAAGCAAAUAUUAUCUUUGAAUGGACUCGAGAGAAAUUUACUAUCUGAUUUUGGUUAUGGUGGUUGUAAAGUACAGUGUCUCCACUCUGACAAUGGAGUAAGAAUGUCGUGGUUCAGCACUGAUCCAUAAUGUCUCCUCCUUACUGUAAAGUCAUUCUGGGAAAUAGCCUAAUUUAAAAAUAAAAUGAUUAACCCUUAAACUGUCCAAACAUAGAUCUACGUUCAUGUGCGUAGUGCUCCGACCUCAAUUUUCCCCAUUUGAAAGCAUGUAAAAAAGAAUGUAGAUCUAUGUUCGGAGCCCCCCGCACGUGGGCGUAGAUCUACAUUUGGACAGUUUAAGGGUUAAUUUGUUUUAGUGGUUGCCACUCAAAAUGGUUUUAAUAUUGUAGGGAUCCAGUUUUUCUUUUAUUUCUUGCCUAAACAGUUAUAAAUACAGUUGUGGAAGCUACAUUGUAAAACUGUUAUACAGUAGUUUCUCUUAUCAUUCUACUUUGUUCAUUAUUUCUGCUUUAUGUGCUUUUAUUUUUGGCAGAUUUUGUGUGUUAAGGGCAGGUGGAUUACUGAUAAAUGAUAGUGAAAUUCAAAUCUUUAAACUUUUUUAAGAAAAAAAAAUUUUAAGAAAAAAAAAUUAUAAU